UGAGUCUCUUCCUCUCCUGGGCCAGCCUCUGACCAGCUUAUCAGAGCUCCACAGUUAGUCUUGCUGCCACCUGCACCAUGAAGGACGAGGUGGCUCUUCUGGCUACUGUCACCCUCCUGGGAGUUCUACUACAAGCGUACUUCUCACUGCAGGUGAUCUCUGCGCGCCGGGCCUUCCGCGUGUCUCCGCCGCUCACCACCGGCCCGCCGGAAUUCGAGCGCGUCUACCGGGCCCAGGUGAACUGCAGCGAGUACUUCCCGCUGUUCCUCGCCACGCUCUGGGUGGCCGGUGUCUUCUUCCACCAAGGCGCCGCGGCCCUAUGCGGGUUAGUCUACCUGUUCGCGCGCCUCCGAUACUUCCAGGGAUACGCGCGAUCCGCGCAGCUCCGGCUGGCCCCGCUGUACGCGAGCGCGCGCGCGCUCUGGCUGCUCGUGGCGAUGGCCGCGCUGGGUCUGCUCGUCCACUUCCUCCCCACCACGCUGCGCGACGCGCUCCUCCGACCUCUCCAAGCGCUGCUGCCCUUGGCCUGAGACGAAGACCGCCGGCCGGGUGGCGCUGCAGAAGAGCUGGUGUACACGAAGGAGGGUGUCCGCCUGUGCAUCCCAGUCUCUGAUUAAAAGUUCCAUGACUGUC